AUGUUAUUGAUAUUUUUAUUAUUAUUACUCAAUAAUCGACAGAUUGAUUGUCAAGUAUCACCAUCAAUUUUACUUGUUGAUCUAUUCCAAUUUCAUAACCCAACGGGUAUGACAAUAGAUGGUCAAUGUUGUGAUGGUUCAUUUCCUUCGUCAAAUUUUUGUCCUAUGUCAACAUCCUGUCAUCUAAAUACAAUUAUCUGUUUGGAUUUCAUCAAUAGUGAAAUUCAAAUAAAUUGGACUUUAUGUCCAUUGGGAACAAAAUCAAUACGAACAAAAAUAAAUAAUACUAACUUAUUUAAUUAUUAUUCAAUAAAAAAUAUAACUGAUAUUUUACCAUUACAAUUUGAAUUACCACAAAUAAAUGAUAAUUCAAUUGAUAUAAAAAUAUUUGUUUUUUAUGAUAAUAUGAAUAUAUUACUUAAUCAUUUCCAUACAACAUUUCGUAUUGAUAUGUCAUAUUCAUCAUCAACUGAUGGAGUAUUUCAACAAUCAACAUUGAUUGAUCUAUCAAAAAAACAAUCAAAUAUUAAUCAAAUGGUUAUUGGUUUAAAAACUUAUUGUCAACCAACAUUUUAUGGUAAACAAUGUUCGAUUCAAUGUAUUCCAAAUGAUGAUUGUACAAGUUCAUAUACUUGUAAUUCAAUAACAGGUCAAAAGAUUUGUUCAUCAGGUUGGUAUGGAAGUGAAUGUACAAUACGUGAUACAUCUUUAACAUGUUUCUCAACUGGAUUAACUUGUUACAAUGGUGGUUUUUGUCGAAAUAAUCAAUCGACAUGUUGUUGUCCUAUUGGUUAUACUGGUUCAAAUUGUCAAUAUCUUUCAAUGUGUACACCUGGUCAAACUUGUUUAAAUGAUGGUUUAUGUAGUCCAAUUUAUGAUACUAUCUCACGAACCCAUUAUUUUGUUUGCAAUUGUUCACAUAGUUAUACGGGUUUACAUUGUCAAGAAAAACAACAACAAUGUCCAUCAUCAUUCUAUGGUUCUAAUUGUACGAUUCAAUGUUCAUCAUCAAAUUCAUGUUCUCAAGGACAUUUUGAUUGUAAUUUAAAAGGUGAAAAAAUUUGUUUACAUGGUUGGGGACCAAAUAAUAUAUGUACACAAAAGCUGAUUGCACCUAUAUUUGAUCCUGAAUGUCCAAUUUCGACAGGUUGUCUAAAUGGUGGUUCGUGUUUUAAUGGUUCAUGUUGUUGUCCACCUACUUAUACAGGACGUCUAUGUGAAAUAUCUAUUGAUCCUUGUGCAAAUAAUUCUUGUCAAAAUAAUGGUUUAUGUUUAUCAACGUCUACUGGAUAUAAAUGUUUAUGUUCAAGUUCUAUUUAUACAGGUUCAUUAUGUGAAAUGAAUGAAAAUCCAUGUCAAUAUUCACCAUGUCAAAAUGGGAUUUGUCAAUUAUUAGAAAAUACAAGUUCAUUUAGUUGUAUUUGUUAUCCUGGUUAUACAGGACAAUUUUGUCAUAUUAAAAUUAAUUAUUGUUUAUCACAACCAUGUGAAAAUAAUGGUAUAUGUGCUAAUGUAGCAACAGGUUUUGUUUGUAGUUGUUUAUCAGAUUUUACUGGAAUAACUUGUUCAAUUCGAAUGAAUUCAUGUUUUAAUCAAACUUGUUUAGAUAAUAAUAUAAUUCAUUGUCCACAAGGUUUUACAGAUCCUCCAAAUUGUAUAGGAGAUAUAAAUGAAUGUUUAUUAGAAAAUGAACCAUGUAAAAAUGGCGGUGAAUGUACAAAUACAAUGGGUAGUUAUUAUUGUCAAUGUAAUGAACAUUAUCAAGGAAAUGAUUGUAGUAUUCCAAUUGAUUCAUGUAUAAGUAAUCCAUGUAUUGCAUCAAAUUCAAUAUCAUGUACAUCAAUCUUAAGUAAUGCAAAUUCAAUUGAUUUUAAUUGUACAUGUCGCGUAGGAUUUACUGGAGCUCAUUGUGAAAUUGAAUUAAAUCCAUGUAUGCCUAAUCCAUGUUUAUAUGGAACAUGUAUUGAAUUAACACCAUCAACAUGGUCUUGUAUUUGUGAGCCAGGUUGGACUGGAAUCGAAUGUGAAGAUAAUAUAAAUGAAUGUUUAUCUAAUCCAUGUGUAAACGCUGGUACAUGUAUUGAUGAUAUCAAUAAAUAUAAUUGUAAAUGUUUAACAAGUUUUACGGGUACAAAUUGUCAAAUCGAAAUUAAUUCAUGUUCAAGUAUUCCUUGUCAAAAUAAUGGUACUUGUAUAAAUAAUGUUGAAUCAUAUUCAUGUUUAUGUCCAAUUGGUUGGACUGGAAACUUUUGUGAAAUGAAUAUAAAUGAAUGUUUAUAUCCAUUAUCAUGUCAUCCAAAUGCAACAUGUAUUGAUUUAUCUGGUUCAUAUCAAUGUGUAUGUCCAACAUGGUUAACAGGAGAAAAUUGUUUAACAGCUAUUGAUCAAUGUGAAAAAUUUCCUUGUUUAAAUAAUGGUGUUUGUGUAAAUAAUUUUGGAAGUUUACCAACAUGUCAUUGUCAAUCAGGUUUUACGGGUGUUUAUUGUGAAAUAAAUAUUGAUGAUUGUCAAGCAACACCUUGUUAUAAUAAUGCAACAUGUAUUGAUCAAAUAAAUAGUUUUUUAUGUUUAUGUUCAUCAGGUUAUACAGGUUUAAGAUGUCAAACAUUAAUAAGUCAAUGUAAUAGUUUACCCUGUUUAAAUAAUGGCAUAUGUCGAGAUUUAUAUAUAAAUAAUACUGAAGAAUAUAUAUGUCUUUGUCCACCAGUUUUUACUGGUCAACAAUGUGAACAAAUAAUAAAUCCAUGUUUAAGUUUUCCUUGUAUACAUGGAAGUUGUACACCAACAUUACCAUCAUAUACAUGUCAAUGUAAUCAUGGAUAUACAGGUCAAAAUUGUGAAACAAUGAUUGAUCAAUGUCUAUCAAAACCAUGUGGAUUAAAUGGAAAUUGUACAAGUUUAUCGACAAGAUUUAGUUGUUGUUGUGCACCAGGUUAUACAGGAUUAGAAUGUGAACAAUUAAUUGAUAUUUGUAUAACAAAUCCAUGUUCAAUUGAAGGUGUUGAACGUUGUAUAUCAAAAGAUAUAUCAUCAUUUUAUUGUUUAUGUAAACCAGGAUAUUCUGGUCGAUAUUGUGAAAUAAAUGUAAAUGAAUGUUUAUCUCAACCGUGUUUAAAUGGCGGAAUUUGUAUAGAUUUUCAAAAUAGUUAUCAAUGUAUUUGUCCAUUGACUUAUACGGGUAUUAAUUGUGAACAUUUACAAGAUAAAUGUAUAGGCAUUCAAUGCUUAAAUGGUGGUCAAUGUAUAAAUAAUGGAGUAAAUUUAACAUGUUUAUGUUCAAAAGGAUAUCAUGGAGAAAAUUGUGAAUUGAUUAUUGAUUAUUGUCAAUCACAACCUUGCUUAAAUGGCGGAAUAUGUUCAAAUACAGAAUUAGGACCUCAAUGUACAUGUUCAAAUGGAAUUACAGGAAUAUUCUGUGAGACAAUAAUUGAUCAAUGUCAAUCUGAACCUUGUGAAAAUAAUGGAAUAUGUAAAUCAUUAAUUGAUAAAUAUGUUUGUCUUUGUCCGAAUGGUUUUAUGGGAAAUCGAUGUGAAAAUGAAAGAAAUGAAUGUGAACCAGUAAAUCCAUGUUUAAAUUCUGGACGAUGUAUAGAUGGUUUUAAUAAUUUUUCAUGUCUUUGUAAUCCAGGUUUUACGGGUUAUUAUUGUGAAACUCAAAUUGAUCGAUGUCAAUCAAAUCCUUGUUUAAAUGGAGGUAUUUGUCGAACAUUAAUUAAUAAUUUUAAAUGUGAUUGUCCACAAGGAUAUACAGGAUCGACUUGUUCAUCAAUGAUUAAUCAUUGUUCAAGUAAUCCAUGUUUAAAUAAUGGUUUAUGUAUAUCAUUGAUAAAUGAUUAUCGUUGUGUAUGCCUUCAAGAUUAUAUUGGUUUAAAUUGUGAAGAAACUUCGAAUGAAUGUUUAUUAAAUCCAUGCUUACAUAAUGGAACAUGUAUAGAUCAAAUUUGGAAUUAUACAUGUGAAUGUUCAGAUAGUUUUACUGGAUCAAAUUGUCAGAUACAAAAAAAUUAUUGCGGAAGUUCACCAUGUAUUAAAGGAUUGUGUGUUAAUAAGAUAAAUGGAUAUGAUUGUAUAUGUCCAUCAUCAUCAUAUACAGGAGUUCAUUGUGAAAUACAAAUAAAUAAAUGUUCAUCAAAUCCUUGUCUAUUCGGUGGGACUUGUAUUGAUAAUAUAGAUAAUUUUAUGUGUAUUUGUCCACCAUGGUUUUCUGGUUUAACGUGUUCUGAACGAAUUGAUCCAUGUUUAAAUGAAAUAACUUGCGCAAAUAAUGGAACUUGUAUAACAGAUCUUGAUACAAAACCAUUUGGAUAUCGAUGUCAAUGUUUACCUGGUUUUAAUGGACAAAUGUGUGAAAUUAAUAUUGAUGAUUGUGUACCACAACCAUGUAAACAUGGUAGAUGUAUUGAUAAAAUUAAUGGAUUUAUUUGUCAAUGUUAUCAAGGUUAUAAUGGAAUUUUAUGUGAUAAUAUAAUUGAUCAAUGUAAAAAUUCAUCAUGUCAAAAUAAUGGUAGUUGUCAAUCAUUAAUUAAUACUUAUCAAUGUCAUUGUUUAUCUGAUUAUCAAGGAAAGAAUUGUGAAGAAAAGAUAUUAAAACCAUGUUUAACAAAUUCUUGUUUAAAUAAUGGUACAUGUACAUUAACAUCAGAUAAUGAUUUUCAAUGUAAAUGUUCAUAUGGUUAUACAGGUAAAAAAUGUGAAAUAAAAAUUAAUCCAUGUUAUUCAAAUCCAUGUCAUUAUGGAACAUGUCAUGAAAUUUCAAAUGGAUUUUAUUAUUGUUUAUGUUCAUCAGGUUAUACAGGAUUUAAUUGUCAAAUUGAAAUAAAUCAAUGUGAUAGUUUACCUUGUUUACAUAAUGGCAUAUGUAAUAAAUUAUCAUUAAAUAUGUUUAAUUGUACUUGUCCAAAUGGAUAUUCAGGUACACAAUGUCAAUAUGUUGAUUAUCAAUGUUAUUCUAGACCCUGCUUAAAUAAUGGUACAUGUAUAACAAAUAAAGAUAGUUAUCAAUGUACAUGUCCACGUGGUUUAACAGGUAAUCGUUGUGAAAUUGAUAUUAAUGAAUGUAUAUCGAUGCCAUGUCAAAAUAAUGGUAUUUGUUUACAAUCAAAACUUAAUCAGUAUCAAUGUCUUUGUCCAAAUGGUUAUACUGGUGUUCAUUGUGAAACAAAUAUUGAUCCAUGUUUAUCAAUGGUUUGUUUAAAUAAUGGUACAUGUAUUCGAACAAGUUUAUCAACAGGUGUAUGUUCAUGUUUAUUCGGUUAUACAGGUUUAUCAUGUCAAAAUCAAAUAAAUACAUGUUUAAGUGCACCAUGUUUAAAUGGUACAUGUGUACCAUUAAUUAAUUCAUAUCAAUGUAAUUGUUUUCCUGGUUAUACUGGUCAACGAUGUAAUACAAUAAUAAAUUAUUGCUCAUCAAAUCCAUGCUAUAACAAUGGUACAUGUAUAAAUCAAGCAACAUCAUUUGCUUGUCAAUGUCCAUAUGGUUUUCAAGGUCGUACAUGUGUUAUACGUAUACAAUCAUGCCAAUCAUCUCCCUGCUUAAAUGGUGGUACCUGUUAUGAUAUUGCACCUGGUUUACAUAAUUGUUUAUGUUCAAAUUCUUAUCAUGGAGAAUUUUGUCAAUUACGUGAUUCAUUUUGUUUAGAUAUGCCAUGUCAAAAUAAUGGUAUUUGUUUAGAUACAUUAAAUGGUUAUCAAUGUAUAUGUCAACCAGGUUAUAAUGGAAUAAAUUGUACAAAUGAAAUUCAACCAUGUAUUUCAAAUCCAUGCUUAAAUAAUGGUAUAUGUCGAAAUACAAAUAAUGGUCUUAGUUAUCAAUGUUUAUGUCAAAAAGGUUAUGCUGGUUUACAAUGUGAAUUUGAAAUUAAUUGGUGUCAAUCAAAUCCAUGUCAAAAUCAAGGAACAUGUAUAUCACAAUUAACAUCAUUUAUUUGUCUUUGUUCAUCAUUAUAUACAGGAAGAAUUUGUCAAACACCAAUAAAUAAUUGUUCAUUAACAACAUGUAAAUAUGGUGUACCACUUGUAUUAAGUUCAACAAGUUGCUCAUGUGUUUGUUCAAAUGGUUAUACGGGUAAUCAUUGUGAUAUACCAAUUAAUCCAUGUUUAAAUAACUCAUAUUGUAUACGUGGUAAUUGUAAUUAUCUUAGUCCUGGUUUAGCUAAUUGUACAUGUCCAAUUGGUUAUAGUGGUCUGCAUUGUGAUACAAGAUUAUCAAAUGGUGCAUGUUCAUCAUGUCCAUGUUUAUAUGGACAAUGUCGAACAAUUGAUAAUUUAAAUGAUUAUAUCUGUGAUUGUUAUCAAGGUUAUACAGGUAAACAAUGUAAUAUAUCAAUAGAUUUAUGUAAACCAUCACCAUGUUUAUAUGGACAAUGUUAUUUAAAUGAUAUAAAUGGUUAUGAUUGUAAAUGUUUACCUGGUUCAACAGGUAGAAAUUGUUCAAUAUUAAUUGACACAUGUAGUUCGAAUCCCUGUUUAAAUAAUGGUGUUUGUAUACAAGGUUUAAAUACAUAUCAAUGUGUUUGUCAAUCAGGUUAUGCUGGUAUACAUUGUGAAAUAUUAAUUAAUCAAUGUACAUCAUUAAUAUGCUUAAAUAAUGGUACAUGUGUUAAUCUUCCAACAAAACCACCAAGUGCUAAAUGUCAAUGUCCAUCAUUAUAUACUGGUAUUCAAUGUCAAUAUUUAUAUGCACCAUGUACAUCACAACCAUGUCAAAAUUUAGGUACAUGUUUAUCAGAUGAAAUAUCUUCAUAUACAUGUAUAUGUCCAAAUGGAUUUUCAGGUAUAAAUUGUGAAUUUAAUAUACAAGUUUGUGAAAGUAAUCCUUGUCAACAUGGAGGUAAAUGUUCUGAACCAGCACCAUAUUAUUAUAUAUGUCAAUGUCCAUGGCCAUAUUAUGGUAUUAAUUGUGAAUUAAUAUUUGAUCCUUGUUUAAGUUAUCCAUGUCGAGGACCAUCAUCAAAAUGUAUAUCAACACCAAUGUAUCGAAAUUAUACUUGUCUUUGUUCAUAUGGUUUUCAAGGUUCAACAUGUUCAAUACCAAUUGAUCCAUGUCAAUCAAUGCCUUGUUAUAAUCAUGGUUCUUGUAUAAGAACAGGUUUAUUAACAUAUGCUUGUUCUUGUCAAAUUGGUUAUCAAGGAAAUAAUUGUGAAAUUGAAAUAAAUCCAUGUUUUAAUUAUCCAUGUAGAAAUGGUAGAGCAAUAAGAACAUCAUUAAUUAAUUGCGAAUGUCAAUGUUCAUAUCCAUAUUAUGGAAAAUUAUGUGAAAUGAAUAUUUGUGAUGAUAAUCCAUGUUUAAUUGGACAAUGUAUAUCAAAUGGAAAUUUUUCUUAUACAUGUAAUUGUCCAGUUGGAUUUCAAUUUAUGAUGGGAGUAUGUGCAGAUAUUAAUGAAUGUAGAACAAUUGCAGGUGUUUGUGGAAAUGGUGGAAGAUGUUUGAAUACAUAUGGAUCAUAUUCAUGUUUUUGUAAAACAGGUUUUUAUGGUAAGAAUUGUGAAAAUUUUGAUCCAUGUCGAUCGAUGCCAUGUAUUAACGGUGGAACUUGUCUGUCAAAUGAAACUUAUCCUUAUUGGCAUUGCAAUUGUCCUACGGCAUAUACUGGUUCUCAUUGUGAAACAAUAUCACUUGGUUGUUCAUCAAAUCCAUGUCGAACAGGAACUUGUACUAAUCUUUUAAAUGGUGAAUAUCAAUGUUUAUGUCCAACAAGUAUUACAGGUAGAAAUUGUGAUAUAUCAUUAUUACCAUGUGAUUCAAAUCCAUGCUUAAAUAAUGCAACAUGUUUAACAUUAUCAUUAACAAAUUAUACUUGUGUAUGUCCAACAUUCUAUACUGGUUUAAGAUGUUCAGAACAAAGAAAUCUUUGUUCGAAAAAUUCAUGUCAAGGAAAUGCAACAUGUAUUGCUGAUUAUGAUUCAAGAAAAGAAAUUUGUGCAUGUUCAUCUGGACGUUAUGGAACUUUUUGUGAAUUAACGUCUUCUUGUGAACCAAAUCCAUGUAUACAUGGAACAUGUCAAAAUAAAAAUGAGAAUACAUUUCAAUGCACAUGUAAACCUGGAUUUACCGGCAAAACAUGUGAUAUAUCAUUUGAUAUGUGUGAUACAAAUCCAUGUGUAAAUGGUGGAACUUGUUCAAAUUUAGGCAAUGGAUUAUAUAUUUGUACUUGUCCACAAGAUUAUAGAGGAUCUGAUUGUAGUAUUUCACAUUGUACUAAAAAUAGUUGCUUCAAUGGUGGUAUUUGUUCUAUUGAAAAUAAUUCUCGUCAAUGUCGAUGUCCAUGUGGAUUUACUGGAACACGAUGUGAAACUCCAUAUGAUAUAUGUUCAUUAACAAUAUGUCAAAAUAAUGGUACUCGAUUUAUGAAUACAACAAAUUGUCAAUGUUCAUGUUUAUGUCCAUCAACAUUUACUGGUCAUCUUUGUCAAUUACCAAUUAUACCAAUAAAUAGAACAUAUCCAGUACAAAUUGUAAUUCCAACUAAUCGAUUAGGAGGAUCAUCAUGGGAAAAUAUUUUACAAUGUAUUGAUCAAGUUUGGAAUAGUUUAAAUGUUUUACUUGUAUGUCCAUCACCAUAUAAUCUUGUUACUCCAACAUCAUUCUAUCCAUAUUGUUAUCGAAUAAAUGAACAAAAUUUUCUUAAAAAUCAACGAGAAGCAAUAAAUGAAUGUGAAAAACAACAAACACAAUUAGUUUGGUUUCAAUCUAUUGAUGAAUUAGAACAACAAUUAAUACCAGCUUUAUUUUCUCAUGGAUUAACUCGAGAUUUUUGGACAAGUGGAAUAUAUAAUUCAAUAUUAAAUCGAUGGCAAUGGUUAUUAACAAAUAAUAAUACUCGAAUUGAUAUUAAUCCAUCAAUAAUAAAACAAUAUGAAAUUAAUUCACUUAAUCAAUCACUUUAUGUUUCAUUUGAUCAAUCAAAAAAUCGACAUUUAAUUACAAGUUCAUCAUCAGAAAUUUAUUCAACUUUAUGUAAAAUAUCAGCAACACGUCGUUUAUUAAAUAAUCAAACACGUUCUAUUGAUCUUAGUUCAUAUCAAACAACUUUUAUAAAUCAAACUGAAGUUAUUAUUUAUAAUUUUAAUUAUACUAUACUUCCAACUAUACCUUUAAACAUAAUGAUUCAACAACCAACAGAUACACAAUAUGUUUCUACAUGUGGUGCUUUUGGAAAUCCAUCAACAUCUAUUGAACCAUAUAUCAUUGAUAUAUGUGGUUAUUUUUCUUCAAUUCAAAAUCAAAAUAUUCAAUUAUUAAUGGAAACAAUUGGUAUAUAUUAUACUACUCAUCGAAUUUCAAUUAGAUCAAUACAAUCUUAUAUUGCUACACCAUUAAAUGUUGAACAUUAUAUAACAAUAACUGGUAAUAUGAUGACACGAAUAUAUUUUGUAAUAGCAAGUGAAUCAUCAAUAAUUCUUGGUUCAAAUAUUGAACCAUUAGCAUCAAUUAAUGAUAUAUUAAAUACAAUAUCUUAUCGAAAUUAUCAACAAUGUAUUCCAUAUAUAUCAUUAAAUAUUCUUUUACGAUUAAAAUUAUGUAUUCCAUUAAAUGAAAUUUCAUUAUCGAUUAAUUUAAUUACAAAAGCAGUUUCUGCAGCUACUGGACAAUCAAAUGUUAAUGUUAUGCUUAAAGGUGUUCAAGAAGGUGUUACAACUACAGGUCGAUCUGCAAAUAUUGGAUAUUUCUUAAUAACAAUUAAUGGAAUAACAUAUAAUCAAACAAUGACUAAUAAUCUAUCAAUGAAUUCAAUUCUUCUUUCAAUUAUUCAACAAGAAAAUGAAAAUUUAUUAUGUUCAGAAGAAACAGAAAUUCUUCAUUUAGAAAAUACUGAAAAAAUAUUAAAAGAUUAUUGGCAAAAUUCAAUUAAACAAAGUUCAACAAAUAUAAUUGUUGAUAUUAUACAAUUACAAGAAUAUCUUGCCUAUUCAUCGAAUCAAUUAUAUACAACAAUAAAAUAUAGAGUUGUUACAUUCAAUGGUUAUACGAUUCCAAAUAUAUGUUUUAAUUCAAGUUUAUUUCAAACAAUGCAUAGUUUAUGUGAUAUACAGAAUAAUUAUAUGGAACAAGUACCAAUUGGAUAUAUACCAUCAUUUAUUGAUCUAAAAGGAAGUUAUUUACAAAUUGAUCUUGAUCAAGAAAAUUUUGUUGAAUUAAUUACUUCAUCAUUACAACGAAUGGGUGUUAGUAGUAAAGUGUCAUCUAUACUGACCGAACUACGGUUUGGAUUAGACAUGUCAUUACUCACACGAGUUUAUUAUACGAUUAUACCGAAUCAAAUAAUUAGUCAAGAACAAUUGUAUGAUCAAUUGAAGUUUACUUUUUCGACAAUUCAUACACGAAAAUAUGAAUUAUAUCCAAUGGAACAAUUAUCUAUUGUACGCACUGAUGCUCAUCAAUAUAUUGCUAAUGUUUCAUUACCAAUAAAUGAUUUCAUUCGAAAAGAUAUUGAAAAUUAUUUAACAUCAUUAAAUCCACAAUAUGGACAUGCAAAAAUUGUUUAUAUUGAAUCUCUUAAUAUAAAUCAAACUCGUUUUUAUUUAACUUUUAUCAAUCAAAAACAAUUAAUUACUCGAUGUGAUUUUAAACUUUAUUAUCCUGGUAUUUCAAUAUUUAAUGAAGAAAAUCUUGAAAUAAAUAGUCUUUAUCUCGAUCGAAAUAUGUUCAUUGCUAAAUCAGCUUCACUUAUUGAUAAUCUUAAUCAAUUAUGGACAAAUGAAAAUUUAAAUGAUUCAAAAAAUUUAUCUAUUCAAUUACAAAAUCAAAUUCAAUAUAUUUGUUCGGACGGAAAACGAUCUGUUCGAAUUGAUUAUAUUAUUAAAAAUCUUUCAGGUCAUAAUUUAAAAUCACCUUCUAAUACAAUAUUUGAAAAAAUGUUUGGAAAAUUUCUCAAUAAUUGUAUUUCAUAUGAAGUACGUUCGAUAUAUUUAACUGAACCACGUUUAUCAAAUAAAGAGAUUUAUGAAGCAUUAGAAAAUGCAUGGCGUCAAUCGAAUAAUAAUUUUCCAAUAAAGAUUUCUUCAGAAUUUUUUAUUGAUUCAUCUUAUUUAACAAAUAAAAAUCAAACAUUAACACGUUUAAUUUAUACAAUAAAUUCUAAUACAUUAAGAAUUAUUCAACCAUUAACAAAUUCAAUUCAUUUAUCAAAUAUUUAUACAGAUAUUCCAUAUAAACGAUCGACAAUUUAUGUUGAAAAUAAAACAUUAAAUUCAACAAUAUCAUCUAUGAUUAAUAAAGCAUUACGAUUAAGUUGGUCAAAAGCAAAUAGUUAUCUUUUUUCAUCAAAUGAUGUAUUUAUACCAUCAAUUAAUACUGUACUAUGCGAUAAUGGACAAAUAAAAAUUGAUUAUUUAAUUGGUUUACGAUAUGGUGAUAUUGGAGAUUAUUCUCAACCAUCUGAACAAAUUUAUUCACAAAUAUUCAAUGAAACUAGUUUAGCAACAUUAGUUCAUUUACGUUAUAUGGCAAGAAAUAGUAAUGAAGUAUUAUUAAAUAAUGAUCAAACACCAUUGAUUCCAUUUGAUUCUCGAUCUAGUAGUCCAUUCGAUGCGCCUGAAUGGUGGGUUGUUUUAAUUGGUGUUAUUGCUCUAUUAAUUAUUUGGUUAAUUUUAUGUUUAAUUUGUUAUAUAUAUUUUCGAAAACGAUCAACAAAUCGUUAUCAUCAUAAUAUUUCUAAACGUCCAACUAGACAAAUGGAUGUUCUUGCUCGAGAACAAGAUCAUUAUUUACGUCCAUCAUUAUCAUCAUUAGCAUUUGAUGGACCAUAUGUUGAAUCAUUUGAUUCAUCAGCUGAUGAUCAUCAAAAAAUAUCAACAAGAACAAUAUCAUCACAACCUGAAUUACAAGUUCGUCGUUUAUCAGAACAAGAUUGGCCACAUUUUGCAAUGCAUAAUCCAUACGGUGGAUGGCCAUCAGUUCUUUUAAAUUCACCAUCACAUUCAACUGAUUCAAAUCGUCCAUGA